AUGACUGAUUUUGCAUUUGGAAAUAUUAAUAGAGCUUUUGUAAGAUUCUGUCACAAGAAUGCUCCCAAAGAUUGUCCUUUUUGCAAAGAGCCAUCUGGAAAACCUUAUGCUACCAGUAAAAAGAAAAACACAGAGAACCCUUUGUGUGAAAAGAAAUUAAAAUUAGCACUGUCUGAAUAA